CUCGCAGAAGAAGCAGCGGGAGAGUGCCGAGACGGGGGGGCGGGGGAGUGUUUGCCGUGAAACCCUAGAGCGAUCCCUCUCUUCCUCAAGCACUCGGUGCUCCUUUGUCAUUUUCAGCUUCGUUUCUCGGUACCCAUUUGAUUUCUCAGUCCUCAGAGUUUGCCAUUUUCACUUUUCGGACUUACUUUUUUCUGUUUAGAGCAAUGGGUUCCGAGGCCGUAAACCCUAAGGCGUACCCUCUCGCGGAUGCGCAGCUGACCAUUACGAUUACGGACAUCGUGCAGCAAGCCGCCAACUACAAGCAGCUGAAGAAGGGAGCAAACGAGGCGACGAAGACUCUGAACAGGGGUAUUGCUGAGUUCGUGGUGAUGGCUGCCGAUACUGAGCCGUUGGAGAUUCUGCUGCACUUGCCGCUGCUGGCUGAGGACAAGAACGUGCCGUAUGUGUUCGUGCCUUCCAAGCAGGCGCUUGGGAGGGCGUGUGGGGUGUCACGGCCCGUGAUUGCGUGCUCCGUUACUACUAACGAGGGCAGCCAGCUGAAGUCCCAGAUUCAGCAACUGAAGGACGCAAUUGAGAAGUUGUUGAUAUAAGGGGUGGAGGCGGAGGUGCUGUUAUUUGAGCGGGAGCGCUGGAGAGACCAUAGCCGGAUAGAGACAUUUGUCUGUGAUGCCUGGAUAAAUUUUGGGUGUUCGUGUGUUGCGAGGGCGAGGUUUUUGCCCUCUAUGUGCCAAUGCCCUUUGUUGGUUGAAUUGGGUGUUUCCUUUUUUGCCUCUAGAUUGCUUGCGCUUGGGGAGUUUGCAGACGUUAUAGCGACUGCUUUCGUUACUUGUACUUAAUGUCGGAAUGUUACUCGGUAGGCAGUCGGAGUGAUUAUGAGCUAGGUUAGGGUGCAGCUGUAGACGAGAAACGAUGCAGGCAGAAAGAAUGUGAUAGCUGGAGGAGUUUCCAUGCGAUGACCGUCUGGAUGUCGUCUGUAAGGAACGUCUACUAUUAAAUAUCAUCGACUGCUUUUUGCACUUAUGUUUGAGCUACA